GGGCAAUGUCAACGUGGCCCGGUUUAUCCCAUCUGGACAGUGUGCAGUGACUACCCAGCGACAAACGGGUGAUGUCGGGGUUGUAACCUUGUCCAUGUGGCCAGCGGAUGCGGAGCCGAGUGGUGCCACCUCCGAAGGGUUGCGUAUGUGUUGGCCGAGUCUGCCUGGUUGGAAGGGGCUACACAUUCCUCCAAGCGAGUAACACCACAAUCCGCAAACAUCCGCAGGCAUCUUCGUUCGACCUCUGUCAUUCCGGCUCGCCACUGACACUGACGAGGUGCAUGCGCCGAGUAGACCUUCAGCACGGCAAUCCCCGACUCAUGACGCAUAGCAUGUCAGACAUAAGAGUCAACAUGUUGCACGUCGAGGUCCUCCAUGUACCCCACUAGUUCCACGCCAGCAUCACUGCUUCUAAAUCUAUCGUGAACACCUAUCCCAGAAAUAUAUUCUCGCAAUGUUCGUCGUCCUUUGGGCCAGUCCCGACCAGAGCAUCUGCACGCGUGACGACAUGCCAGAGACCGUCCACCGUCACUGCCACCACUGCCGUCCCAGCCCGCGCCGGCCAUCCUGUGCCGCGUGCUGUCCUCGAUCGUCCUCACCUGCCGUCGGCGUGGCUGUCUGCCAAACCCCACCGGCGUCACCCAAUGUGACGUAUUCGACGCUGCCACCUUCCCCUCGUACCACAACCACUGUUGUGCCUUCGCGCCCCACAAGCCCCUGCUGUCUCGGCGAAUCUCACGCCGACAGCUCUUGGUCGCGCGCGAGCUCCGUUGCCUCUACAAGGCUACUUGACAGUGCAGUCUUCUCCGAACGCCCUCGCGCGAGCCUGAGCCACGGCCAUGCCACACUCUGCUGCCUGGGGCCUUCGACCAUGGCCCUGUGCGACCAAGCAGCGACCACAUGCGCCAAGUUUUCUUUGCACCUAUCUCACAGCAUCGCGCAUCAAGCCGUCCUAUCGCGCAGUAGCUGUGUCCCCUCCUCGCGCUGCUGCGACGCCCAGGGGCACGCGCUGUCAGCAGCCGAAUUCCGCUGUCGCCGCGGUCUUACUGAGGUCUGCCCCGGUUUCCCCUCGUCCGGGCCAGUCCUCCUCUCGCAGAGCAGAUUGUAACGUCGUGAACCGAAUCGAUCGGAGCCCCAUGGGACGUGGGAUUCAGAAGCCAACAACGAAAUCGUGCUUAUCAUGAACUGUAAUAUUACCUCAAUGCAUUUGCCUACGCCUUCAUGAUGUCGUCGAUGCGCUCCAUAAGGUACUUAACGAUCCCAUCCGGCCCUACCUGGACCUGC